AUGCAUUUGACACCAGACGAGAUCGCCAGGUUGCAGGCCCAGACGGGCAACAUCCGCAACAUUUGCAUUCUUGCGCAUGUUGACCACGGCAAGACUACCUUGUCGGAUUCCUUGCUUGCCUCCAACGGUAUCAUAUCUCAAAGAAUGGCAGGCAAAGUGCGGUAUCUUGAUUCCCGUCCAGACGAGCAACUCCGGGGAAUCACGAUGGAAUCUUCGGCCAUUUCUUUGUAUUUCAAGACCAUCUCGCGGGCCCAGGAAACCUCCAUUGUCAAUGAGUACCUAAUCAACCUGAUCGACUCUCCGGGCCACAUCGACUUCUCUUCGGAAGUCAGUACCGCCUCCAGGCUGUGUGACGGUGCCGUUGUCCUGGUCGACGUGGUCGAAGGCGUCUGCUCGCAGACGGUCACGGUGCUGCGGCAGGCCUGGGUUGAUAAGCUCAAGCCGAUCCUCGUUCUGAACAAAAUUGACAGACUGAUCACAGAGCUGCAAAUGACGUCUGUAGAGGCCUAUUUGCAUCUGUCCAAAAUAAUUGAGCAGGUCAAUUCGGUUAUUGGGUCGUUCUUUGCGGGCGAGAGAAUGCAAGACGAUAUGCUAUGGAGAGAGAAGGUUGAGAGGGGCGAGGCGGAGGAGUACGUGGAGAAAGACGACGAAGACAUCUAUUUCUCUCCUGAGAAGAACAAUGUUAUUUUUGGUUCCGCCAUCGACGGCUGGGGUUUCAAUAUUGCUCAGUUUGCUGUGAUUUACGAAAAAAAGCUGGGUAUCAAAAGAGAUUUGCUUCAGAAAUGUCUUUGGGGAGAGUUCUACUUCGACCCAAAGACCAAAAAAGUGAUACCGGCAAAGGCACUGAAAGGCAGAACUUUAAAGCCACUUUUUGUAAGCUUUGUGCUGGAUAGCAUCUGGCACAUCUACGACACCAUUUUGAUGAACAAGGACACGGAGAAACUGGAGAAGAUUGUGAAAUCUCUCGGAAUAAAGGUGUUGCCAAGAGACCUCAGAUCUAAAGAUACAAAGCAACUGAUCAACACCGUUAUGAGCCAGUGGCUUCCUGUCUCGAACGCCGUGCUGCUCACCGUUGUGGACAAGCUGCCAUCUCCAUUGCAGUCGCAGAAAGAGCGGAUUCCACAUAUUCUAGAGCCUACUCCAAGCUCGGACAUGAUCGACUCGAGACUGAGAAAAGACAUGAUUGAAUGCAACAGCAAGGGUCUGGUAAGCUGCUAUGUCUCGAAGAUGAUAUCUAUUCCCGAGGACGAGCUUCCACAGAAUCAGAAGCAGGCCAUUGGUGAAGAAGAGCUAUUUGAGCGCGGCCGCAAAGCACGUCUGGCGGCUCUGAAAGCCGCAGAGGAGGCCAAAAAGCUCGAAAAGCCUUCUGAGGAGGAUGAAUUUGGUGUUGUCAAGGAAUCCGGAGAGGUGGAAUGGGAGUUUGAGCAGGAAGAAGAAGAAGAGGAAGUGGAGUUGAAACAAGAGGUUGUGAUUGGGUUUGCCAGAAUCUACAGUGGUACUCUUUCUGUUGGACAAGAGCUGACUGUUUUGGAGCCCAAAUUUGAUCCACUCAACCCAAAGGAGCACACCAGCCAGGUGACCAUUACCCAUCUGUACCUGUUGAUGGGUCGGGAGCUCAUCUCGUUGGAAAAAGCUCCAGCAGGAAGUAUUGUUGGUAUCGGUGGUUUGGAGGGCAAGGUGCUCAAGAGCGGCACUCUCAUUUCCCCAGGCGUGGUUGGUGUGAACUUGGCAGGUAUCAAUCUGAACAACCCGCCAAUUGUUAAGGUUGCAGUGGAGCCUGUCAAUCCGAUCCACAUGGACCGUUUGGCGCGCGGAUUGGAGCUUCUGAACCAGGCCGACCCUUGCGUGCAGACGUAUUUGGAGGACACGGGGGAGCAUAUUUUGGCAACGGCUGGUGAAUUGCAUCUGGAGAGAUGCUUGAAAGAUCUCCGUGAGCGGUUUGCUGGUAUAGAAAUUACGUCUUCCAAGCCUGUGAUUCCGUUCAGAGAGACGAUCCUGGGUCACGUGGAGAUGAACCCGCCCAAGUGUGAACUGGGCAGGGGUGUCGUCGAGGUCAAGCUGGACAAGUACAAUAUCCUGCUUGAGACGAGACCGCUUCCAGAAAAAGCCACCAGCUUUUUGCUGGAGAACAAGGCUUCCAUUGCAAAACUUGUGCGUCGGCAUAUCAGAGGAGAAGAUGAGCAAGAGACCAUUGUUGGUAGCGUGCUCAGCAAGAAAGAGUUUUCUGAGAGACUGAAGGAGGCACUUGAGUCUGGCGACAAAUCCAAGAUGAAGGACAACAUCGACUGGACAGAUAGCCAUCUGCGCGUCGUUUCGUUUGCCCCGAAGCAAGUGGGCCCCAACAUUUUGUUUGACACGCCAGACAACCGUCUUCGUCGGUUGCUUGGUACCGACUCCAGAUCAGACAAGUUCGAGUAUGAGGACAGUCUAUUGAACGGAUUCCAGAUUGCAUGCUUUGAGGGCCCAUUGACAGCAGAGCCUACUCAGGGCGUUGCACUUUUUGUCAAGAGCAUUCAGGAGCUCGACGAGCCUGUUCCUGUGAACAACGUGGCUGGCCGCCUACUCGGUGCCACCAAAGACGCUGUGCACAAGGGCUUUUUGGACUGGUCGCCGAGACUGAUGCUGGCAAUGUACUCCUGCGAUAUCCAGGCUUCUGCAGAGGUGCUGGGUAAGGUUUAUGCUGUGAUCCAGCGUCGUCGCGGAACCAUCAUCAGCGAGGAAAUGAAAGAAGGUACUCCGUUCUUCACAGUGAAGGCUCGUAUUCCGGUGAUAGAGGCUUUUGGAUUCAGCGAGGACAUCCGCAAGAAAACCUCUGGAGCGGCCUCUCCGCAACUGGUCUUUACCGGCUUCCAAAUCAUCGACGAGGAUCCGUUCUGGAUUCCAACCACAGAGGAAGAACUGGAGGAGCUCGGCGAGUUUGCGGAGCGCGAAAAUAUUGCGAGACGGUACAUGAACGAGGUGCGUCGCAAGAAGGGUUUGUUUGUUGACGAGAAGGUGAUUCAGAACGCUGAAAAGCAGCGUACACUGAAGAAAGACUAA